GUUAUCACGUUUCUUAGGUUAAGUAAUGUUGUAGAAAAGAGAAGAGAAGAGGAAGAAGAAAAGCCCAAAUCCAAAAUUGAAAACAAGUACUACAAUCUCCAAAGCAUCAAUAUUUUAUCACUCCUCUUUUCUUCCACGCAAACCCAAUUCUCUUCUUCUUCUUCUUCUUCUUCUUCUUCUUCUUCUUCCUUUUCUUUUCUUCCCUAAAUCGUUCGUUAAUCUAUAGUCGAUCAAAUUCGCUCUUCUCUUUUCAACUUCUUCAUCGAAUUUUCACUGCCCUAGCCUCGGAAUUUGAUUCGUCCUUCUUUAAAGCUUCGGCUUUUAAGACAAUUAAAUCUUGCUAGCUGCUUGUAGACCUUCUUCGCUUUCACGGCUUUCUAAUUGCUGUUCCUUUCGUGGGUCGCUGAGAAAGCCUUAUUCUAUUGGGAAGGAAUUCGCCUUUUCUGCUUCGUCUUCUUGUGAAUAAAGAGUUGGUUUUAAGGAAUUGACUUUGAUCAAGGAUUUGUAGCUGCAUUCUCAUUGGGCACUACACGUUCUUCAAAUUUCCACGAGGUAAGCAGGGAAUGGACCGGCUGUUUUGGCCAAUCGUCCGUGUUUACAAAUGAUGAGCAGUGGGCAUAAGGGUCCAAAUGUACGUAACUUUUUUAAAUGGCAACGUGGUGAAUCAUCAUCAUCUUUGACUACUGGAUUGCUUCAUAAUGAGUCACACGAGAUUGAGCUAUCUAACUACGGAGGAAUACCAAGUCCUGGUAGUGAGAGCCCAUCGGGACUUCUUAAUGGAGAGAGUUUAAAUGUUCAACCAAUUGCUGAUUUGGAUCUUUUUGUUGAAAGGCUCUACAGCUACUAUAGAGACAAAGGCCUUUGGUGUAUUAUCGUAAAGUGGGCUGUUGAGCUUCUUAGUCUGGGCUUCAUCAUAUGCUUCUCUGGGUUUUUCUUGCUGUAUGUUGAUUGGAAUGGUCUUCAGAAUGCAAAAUGUGGAAUGGAUGCAGUUGAAUCAGGAACUAAGCCAUGUGAUCUUGUAAAAGAAGCUAUCCAUCCGCAUCCUUUAUCUCCUUUCACGCUUACAACUGCUAUAAUUGUUGGAUAUUUGGCCCUCUUCUCUGUGUACUGGCUCUUCUGCUUCUUAAGGUUUUUUGCCCAACUGAAAGAUACUUUGGACUUUCGGCACUUUUAUUACAACAAUCUCCAUGUCACAGACAAUGAAAUCCUUACUAUGCCAUGGGCAACAGUCCUUGAGAAGGUUGUUCAGUUACAAAGCUCACAAUGUCUUUGUGUGGUUAAGGAUCUUUCUGCUCAUGAUAUGGUUAUGCGCCUUAUGCGGAAAGAAAACUACUUGAUUGGAAUGCUCAACAAAGGUUUGCUUUCUUUCCCAAUCUCUCAUUGGAUCCCUGGUGCUGGUCCAGCAGUCAAAUCUGCACCAGAUGGGACACAGUAUCACCUUGUAUUGACAAAGACCCUUGAGUGGACCCUUAACUGGUGCAUAUUGCAGAGCAUGUUUGACUGCAAUUUUCGUGUUAGAAGGGACUUUGUUUCAAAUCCUACAACAUUGAAGAAACGACUAUUUGUGGUUGGGCUUGCUAUGCUUCUGCUGUCACCGUUUCUUGUCAUCUUUAUGUUGGUGUAUUUAUUCCUAAGGCAUGCUGAACAGUUCUACAAUCAUCCAAGUACUGCAUCUUCUCGAAGAUGGUCCAAUUUGUCAAAGUGGCUCUUCAGGGAAUUCAAUGAGGUUGACCAUUUAUUCAAGCAUCGGAUUAAUAGCAGUGUAGUACACGCAUCCGAAUAUCUAAAGCAAUUCCCCUCGCCGAUCAUCUCCAUUAUUGCAAAGUUUGUCUCGUUUGUUUCUGGCGGCUUUGCUGCUGUCUUAAUCAUCAUUGCGUUUCUCGAAGAAUCUCUACUAGAGGGCCAUAUAUUCGGCCGCAAUCUGUUUUGGUAUGCUGCUGUUUUUGGAACAAUUACAGCUAUUAGCAGGGCUGCCAUUUCCGAUGAACUUUUGGUCCUCGACCCAGUAGGAACUAUGUCUUUGGUGGUCCAACACACUCAUUAUAUGCCUAAGAGAUGGCGUGGUAAGGAAAACAAGGAUGAUGUCCGCUUGGAGUUAGAGACUCUGUUUCAGUAUACUGGAAUGAUGCUAUUGGAGGAGAUAGCUUCGAUCUUCAUCACACCAUUUUUGCUGAUGUUUGUAGUGCCAAAGCGGGUGGAUGACAUCUUGCAAUUCAUCAAGGAUUUCACAGUUGAUAUUGAAGGUGUAGGCCAUGUUUGCAGCUUUAGUGCCUUCUACUUUGAGAAUCAUGGAAAUAUCCAAUAUGGUUCACCACAUAAUGCAACUCGUCGUGAGCAGAGAAGCUCACAAGGGAAAAUGGAGAAAUCAUUCUUGAGUUUCCAGAGUAGUUAUCCUUCUUGGGAGUCAGAUUCUCUUGGGAAGCAGUUUCUGUCAAAUCUCAGAACUUUCAGGGACCGAAAGCUUCAUGAAAUCAACACAAGACACUCAUGUUCUCCUAGUAGGGCGUGGCGAGAAAGCACUACCACCGCUGUAUACAGAGACAUUCCAGGAAAUCCGCUUGCGAGCGGCAAUCACACCGAUUCCAUGUGGCUUAUUGAUCCAGAUCAGAGGAAUCAUCCUUAUCUUCUUGACUGGUAUUACACUUCACAGGCUCACAACAGAACUGAUCACCCGACAGAGAGAGCGAACGAAAUCUUAAGUGCAAAUCAGAACGCUACAGAUUGUUGGCCUCCUGAUUUGGGAAUCCGUGGUGAAGAUAGCAGAGAUCUGCUCAACAUGGAGGCAAGCACAUCAGGUCAGUUCUUCAGAGAGAGCAUUCUGCGCCAUGAGCAACCGGAGGGAGAGGAAAGUUAUGGGAAUCAGCAUCCUCUUGAUGGUAGGAGCCAGUGGUGGGGAAGAGGCAACCACUCUCACAUCGGCACAUCUCAUCCCACAAACACCAAUAGCUUCAUUGAGCCACCUGAUUUUAUAAACCGCUACACAGCAGGAAACUUAUUAGACAACUCAUGGAGCAGAAGAAGCAUUGAAGAAGAAGAUGAAGAACUGGAUUGGGAAGAGAACUCAAGAAGAAAGUUGUCGAGAACCACAUUCAUGGACGAUAACGAUAUUGAAGCUGGGAUUGAUCUCCAUUUCGACGAUGUAUAUAGUUCAAGACCUCAAGAAACUUCAACAUCAAGCACCACAUUACGGUGAACAACAAUGAAUUUUUUUGAUUCAAAGUUGUUUCUUUGUUUUGUCUUUUUAUGGUGGAUGGAGAAGGAAGAUAAAAGAGAUGCUUUGUAGAAAAGUGUUCUCUGGAUUUGGAAAAAAAUGUGGGAAUAGUAACAUGUUUCUCUUUUUUUUUUCUUUUUCUUUUUUCUUGGUUAUGUUUCAAGCUAACAUUACAUGCAAUUCUUUAUUGUUGUGUAUAUAAAUUAGGUCCUUAAAAAUGGUAUUUUUUUAAUUUAUA